AUGAACAAGAUGAACCACCACCCUUCCCUCCAUUCAAAAGUUUAUCAUCAUGUUAUCAUCAUCAAACUCUUAUAGAAUGAAGCAUGAUCAAAGUCUUCUCUCUUUAUCGAGGAACAGCUCCAGCAAAAUAGCCCCAUCAAAUUACAUCACCUGCACUGCAUUUAUCGUUGACCCCUUUUCCAUUAACGAUAACAAACCCCUUGUCGGAAAAAGUUCUCCUCUAUCAUACAGCCGUUUUUCCAGAACCCGCACUGGAAUCUCCACACUUAUACGCUCGCUUCUAACCAUCAUAUCAAUCCCUGCAAUCAUUCCCACCUUCCGGCGGCUAAGCUUGCCGAUUCAGCUGUCACCAACGCCGUCGCUCGGUCGAAAAGUCACCGGAACUUUGUUUGGAAACCGGAGAGGACAUGUCAGCUUUGCAGUGCAAUAUGACCCACGAUCCGCACCAGUACUGAUCAUUGAACUAUCGAUAUCUACGGCGGCGCUCGUUAAGGAGAUGUCUUCAGGGCUAGUACGGAUCGCGCUUGAGUGCGAGAAAAAACAACACUCCAGGUUGUCUGGUCGUCGGGGAGAGAUCAAGCUGUUCAACGAGCCCACAUGGACGAUGUACUGUAACGGAAGGAAUUGUGGGUACGCGUCGGCAAGGGCGUGCUCGGACUCCGAUUGGUAUGCACUGAGCACGGUGCAGAGCGUCUCUGUGGGAGCUGGUGUUCUACCGGUGUUGGAAGGCGGCAGAAAGAGCAGCGCCGGAGGAAGUUGCGGAGAGUCGGAGGGCGAGUUCCUGUACAUGAGAGCGAGGUUUCAGCGAGUCGUGGGGAGUCGUGACUCGGAAGCUUAUUAUAUGAUGAACAUGGAUGGAAACGGAGGGCCUGAACUCAGUAUAUUUUUACUUAGAGUAUAAUUUAAAAAAUCUAGUAUAAUUUGAUGGCGAUUGUGUUUUUGUGAUACAUGUUAUUUAAAUUUUUUUCAUGUAUUUGUCUACCAAUGGAGAGGUAAGAAUCCUUAUAAAAAUUUAUAAGUGAAAUCUCAUUCGAAGCCAUUAUUAGACUUGUAUGGAGGGAUGCCUAGGGGUAGCGUUUACCCUUUUUUACAUGUAAUUCUGUUUACAUUUUGCUAUUUACGU